AUGCUUCACAGCUCAACCGUAACUCCCCGUCAAUGCUUCAUUACAUCACUCCCUUCGGAUAGUUUUCUAGGCCUCCUAAUCAAACUCGGCCUCAGCACACUCCAAGAGACCGCCCGUCUUUACGCGAUCAUGCUCGCCGAUAUCCGAGCAAAAGCCUCUGGCUCAUGGCGCAUCUCUUGCGUCCACCCAAUCCGGUCCACACUCUGGGCUGCCAACAGCACAGCCAGAGGCGGUCACGUCCUCGGUUUGGAGCGCUACUACGAGAACUUUGACAUGUACAAGUUCACCUUUCGAAGCCAAAGACGACGAACUCUUCCUCACCCAGGGCCUCGCGUUAACCAACGGCAUCCACAGUUUUGUUGA